AUGACAGCCACUGUAGAAGUGAAUGGUUCGGCAAUAGCAAUUGCUAUUUUCUAUUUGAUCUAUUCGAUUGCAUGCAUUGCACUGCAUAUUCUCGAAAUAAUCGCAUGCGUACGAGUAUCACGCAAAUUUGUCGGCUUUCGUUUCAUCGUUCAUCAGUCUUCGGCAGAUAUUUUAACGCUCUUGGAAUAUGGUAUUUGCGAGGGCAUUAUGGUGCUCACAAACAAGGCUCUCAAUACGCAAACAAAGCGAUUGUUCAUGAACGUCUUCAGCAGUUUCGUCACGUAUUCAGUAACGACACCAGUAAAAAGUCGUUACGGCGUAACGGCCAGCUCAAGCGCUAACGACACAACACAAACGAAGAUUUACUACUACGUUUUUACGGCUAUCACUUAUGCAUUGAAUAUCAUUUUUUACCUACUGAUUGUUGUGGCACUUUUAAUCACUCGUAAACAACACAAUAAGGUAGUUGCAACGACUAACAAUAGUGGAUCUUUAAGUAGGUGUAUGGGAAAACUGGAUGCUAAUGAAGAAGCAUAUCGGAGUGUUGAUCGAUCACUUUUAAUUUCGGGUUUCAUCAACUGGGUUGUUUCCGUUAUCACCGAAGUGUUGUUACGAUUUGUGGAAUUCAAUGAACCAUGGCAACAAUUCUAUAUGAUUACAUUAUUUCUAACGCAAUGCUGGUUGAACUCAGCAGUUCGUUUGGCGAUCAGUGCCACAUUGAGACGAGAAAUUCACACAAUGCUGUGUUGGUAA